AUAACAAAAUGCAAAUGGCUGGCGCACCAGACGUAAUGGUUUAUUAGGAAUGUUUAUUGUUUCCGGGCGUAUAUUCACUGUUCGUAAGUGCGAUUUUGGUAGGUGCCGUAUCGUUUGUACACAUCUUUUACAUUCGUCUGUCGUGAUCGUUCGAACGUAGUACGACGUAGUGUGCGCGAGUUUUGAUGUAAAAAUGUGUUGACACACUUAGGAGCUACCGUGGUCGUGUCGACAGCGUAUCAUGACAAAGGAUUGCAUCGGUAUCCUAUGCGCCGCCGACACCUGUGAACCCGGCCGUCUUGUAAUGUCCAGGGUAUUAUCGUAAGUUGACAUGUAACAUUUAAGUACACGGCCGAGUUAGUGUUUUUUUAAAAAUAAAACCUAAAACGACAAUAUUAUAAUAAUGAAAGGAGUCCGUUUCUGAUAUCACGCAAAUGCGACCAGUCAUGCCACAGGUAUUGCUUGCGGCAAUGCUUUGGCUCCUGGUGUCUGACAGCAAUGCACAAAUGUUUGAUCAUGACAUGGGUGUAUUAGAUAGACGGGUUUUAACCGAUGGUGUAGACUAUGAGCUGUUCAAUAAGACACUAGCGUCAAAGCCAGGAUCAAGCUCUCGGGCUUCACGGACAAAUUCGUCUCAACAACAGCAGCAUGUAACAAGUCCAACUAAUCGUUUGAUACCUGCAUACAAUCCUCCAGAUCGAAACACUUUUACUCCACCCCUACCCCCAGAGCGGUUUAAUCCAUUUGCUGAUAAACCAACACUUAGGGGUAGUAAUUCAGAAAAGCCAUUGCAAACUAGGCGGCCAGGAAUUGUGCAGGCAAAAUUUGAAAAAGAAUUUAUACCUAUUAGACCUGUAGAUGUUCCAGUUGCAGAUACAAAAAAGAAGACAAUUAACACACCUAGUUUGAAUAAAUUAAGAGUGCCAGAAUCUACUUAUUCUGAACCAACUAGUACUACAGCAGUUAAUGGAUUCAAAGGCCUUAACGAUACUUAUAAUAUUGUAGUACAGCAAGUGCAAAACUUGUCAACCCCAAAUGUUUUUAGAAUAUUGUUUGAUGAUACAGGUAAGAAAAUGGAUGGUUUAUUAGGUAACGAUAAGCCCAACUUUGACCAGGAUCUUAAACCAUCUCGAACCGUUAAACAAGAAGUUCCCAAGCCCACACAACGAACUGUUCAGCCAAUUGAAACCACAUCUUCAUCACAAGUAUAUGAAACAACAUCUGAAGAAACAACUGAAAAUGAACCUUCAAUAUUUAAGGAGCAACAAGUAACAGAGUCAAAAAAUGAUGUUGAUAUACCUGAAUCACAUCCAGAAAUAGUAUCAAUGCCAGAUCAUCCUGAACCAAGAGCCAGGUAUAUUCUUGGAGUUUUUUGGGAUGUUCAUGUUUAUUUAAUUGCUAUACUCUUCCUGAUAUUAGUAUUUUGUUCAAUGGUUAGUAUAGCAAGGAUAAGAGCAUUUAAGAAAUUAUUAACAUGUGGUUACUUUGUCACUAUACAUGGUUUACUAAUAAUCAUAGGCUGUGUAAGAAGUGCUUAUUUGUUGUAUGAUCCAUAUAACGUAAACGGAACAUUAUCUAUUCAAGUGUCUGGGUUGGCUUUGAACAUAGUAUUCCCACUCUUGUUGACUGUAUAUUCAGUUUUAUUUUUGUUUCUGUUGCGAGCCACCGAUGUAAAAACAAUUUUUUAUAAUUUACAAAAAUCAUCAUUAUUAGCAAUAUUUAUUUGUUGCUAUAUGGCAUUUUGUAUUAUUGUAUUGUUUUAUUCAGAAGCUCAUAUACUUUCAUUAGUAUCCAAAUGUAUCUACAUUCUAUUAUGUGUGAUACUUGGAGUGACUUAUGUAUGUCUAUAUAGAUCUAUGACUAAUGCUUCCUUAAGGAAACAAGGAACUAUAUUUGGAGCUAGCUUCCAUGAACAUCGCCCUACUUUGGCUCAUUCUGUACGCGUGACAUUGGCCACUAGUAUGCUGAGUCUUCUUAUGGCAUCAGUUCAAUUAUAUGGUAUGGUUGGUGUCUAUGAAAUGCUGGGUAAAGAUCAGCCAAACCCAUGGUUAUGGUGGGGUUAUCAGUUUUCUGUACGUGUGAUUGAGAUAUCAUCAUGUUUUUUGAUAUUUUGGGCAUCCAUACAGCCACUGAGAUAUACUAGCGAAAAAGAAGCUCAAAAUCAAUCCGGCUUAACAUUAUUCCCAUGUCGUGGUACUGUUUCCCGGAGUGAUCCACCAUCAGAUGACAUUUAUCCAGCCAUCUGCAGUGCCAAUCAAGCUGUACACAAUUAUACAUUACGUACAGGCAAACACAUAUAUGAUGACACGUACUCAAUGGGUGGUCCACCAUUGGCUAACCAUCAAUUAUUUGCGCAUACUACUGAAAGGAGAUCAUUAAAACGAAUGGAUGAUGACUCUAGAAGUAUGUAUGCGUAUGCAGAGAGAGCAGCCAUACAGCCUUCGCCGUCCAUGUUAGUUGCUGAAAAUGGAUUUGUUAGGUUUAGAUCACUAGCUGAUGAACGUAAUUCAGAAGAUCAGAUGUAUCCGAUCAAAAUUCAUCAUCACAGGGAUAACUGUUGUACUUAAUAAAUAGACCCUAAAUAAGUUGACUAUUCUUUUUUAUUUUUUUAUUUUUGUACAUAGAAUAUUUAUGUAAUUUUUUCUGUUUAAAUUUAAUGUGUUCCUUUAGCUUAAACAACAUUCCAUUAUAUAACAUUUUCGUUUCUUAUUACCUAUGAUUUUUUUUUUUUUCAAAGACUGCUUUAUUUCUUAGGGGCCAAGUAUAGUAUCAGUAUAACAGUUUACGUAUUUAGAAGUAAAAACACGUAACAUUGAUUUUACAUUACAUACUUUUUAAUGAACAAACAAUACAAUUGGCCUAUACUUAACACAUUUGUUUAAUCCUUUAAAAAAAUUGUUUAGCUUCUUUAUUUUUUUACUAACAUGUCUGUGCCAUUUUUUUUUACAUAGGUACUUACAAAAUGUCUACCUAGUAACAAUUUUAUAACAUUCAUAUUUUUAAAACUAUUUAUUAUUGUCAAAACAAUGAUGUCAUCCGUCCCGGAUUAAAUAUUUUUCCAUAAAUCCAUCUAUAUUGGUACUCAUGUUAUAAAAUUCUGAUAAAUUAAUAAGGAGCCAAAAUACGGACUGUAAUAUUAAUUUUUGAACAUAGAUUUUUAACAUUUUCAACACUAUGUAAUAAUAAUUAAUAUUAUAGUAAAUACCGCUUGAUAUGAUUAUUAGCUAAUAGCAUAAUACCCUUAAAAUGUUUCUUUAAAAAAAAAAUGUAAUGAGGCUACCUCUAUGAAAUAAAAUUACAGUCGUAUACAUAUUAUUGAAUUUUUCUUUUUAUAGAAUUAAUCCAUUUUUGUUUUGUGAUAAUAUGAUCAUAUUAGCGGUACUCACUGUUAUAUUAAAUAAAUUAUAAUGUUGUUUUUGUUUCAGAUAUUUUAUUAACUUGAGUAUCAACUAUUAUUAGGAUUUUAUGACUUAUUUAGUAGAAUUGCUUCUUGCCUUAGUUUCAAUUUGCAUUUAAAUGAGUUCCUUUGAGUUAAAAAAAGAAAAUUAAAGAAUUUCCAUGGUCUUACAGACAAAACUAAAUCUCAUUAAUAGAUUAAUUUUAAUAGGAAUGUUUACUAAAAAUAUAUAUAUAUAGUCGACCUUUAUCAUGUUGUUAUUUACUUAUUGUGAUCAUCCA